AUGGCUAGCCUUUUCUCAGCGCAAUGGGCACCACCGCUCCGACUCAGCAGCUUUGGGUCCUACGUAACGCUGCACGGCAUCGUGAAACAAUUAGCGAUUCUCUACCAGGAUAGUUGGCUUCUAGCUGCAACACCAGCACUUGUGCAACGAUUUGAACAAGCUUUAGCCAGGUGGCGGAUGUGCUCCGAGCAGAACCCCGAGUUCCAUUACUCCCCGCGGUACCCCAGCGGAGUGAUUGCGGUGAAUGCGCUCUCGUUGUAUCGCCAGGCUCAUGUUCGGCUCUGUGGAAACUUCGGGCCCCUCCGAUCAGCCUUUGCUACUCGCAACGUGCAAACCAUCUUGUCCAGCAUAGACGAGAUCACGAUUGUUAUAUCGAGCUCGAGCACAUGUCGGAGAGCUGCCCGGUGUGCUCUUGACGCCCUGCAGACCUCGGUCCGGAUGGGCAUGUCCUUGACUGGAUCCAUUUCGGGGUGGCACCACAAGUUGUUGUUCAAUCUGUAUUCGUUAGAAUGCUGUCUUUUCCAUAGUUUUUGGAUUCGGGAGCAGUCAACUCGAUUGAGAGCAGAUCGGUCUGCAGAGGAGAAUGACAUUGUCAAAUCAACGGAAGAAACGCUGGCAGAGAUCGAUCUAGACCCGGUCCUUGCAUCAAAACCUUGUUCGAUAAAGUUGAUUUAUGCCUGGUCCCUGGUCUUCCAAAACUGCAAUGCAACCGAGCUGUAUGGAAUCGUUGCCGAGGUGCUGAAGAUUUACGCAGAUGGUCUGACAGAAUAG